AUGUUAACUGUUCAGUCUGGUGAAGGAGAGCAAAGGAGCCGUGUAGCUGUCCGUGCCCCGACUUUCAUGUCAGGGGCCACACUGCUAGCGAGGUGCUUGCAGGGAGGAUGAUGAUGACCAUGAACGGCAAGCAGCACUUCUCCAUGCACCCGGCUCUGCACGAGCCCAAAUAUCCCGGCCUGCACUCAGGCUCGGAGGGCAUGCGCAGAGUCUGUCUGCCCGCCCCACAGCUGCAGGGCAAUAUAUUCGGAGGCUUUGAUGAGAGCCUGCUGGCACGGGCAGAGGCUCUGGCGGCUGCUGACAGCAUUGUCUCUCACGGCAAGAGUCACCCGUUCAAACCAGACGUGACUUACCAUACCAUGAGCAGUGUCCCCUGCACCUCAGCUUCAUCUUCUUCCUCCACUACCGUGCCCAUCUCCCACGUUCCUUCCACCAUCGCCUCUCAUCACCACCACCACCUCGGACAGACCCUGGAGGCCGGAGACCUCCUGGACCACCUCUCCACCAGCCUGGCUGUGACCGGGAUGGGUGCCCCAGAGCCUCCAGGGAUGACCACGCCGGCGCACCACCACCAGCACCCUCAUCACCACCUGCAGACUAUGGGGCAGCUGCACCAGGCGAUGGCCACUAUGGCCCACCCUCACUCCCUGUCCGUGCACGGCGGUAUGGCUUGCGUCAACGACGUAGAGUCGGAUCCCAGGGAGCUGGAAGCCUUUGCCGAGCGGUUCAAACAGAGGAGGAUCAAACUCGGGGUGACCCAGGCGGACGUCGGGUCAGCUCUGGGGAACCUCAAGAUCCCAGGAGUGGGGUCUUUGAGCCAGAGCACCAUCUGCAGGUUCGAGUCCCUCACCUUGUCCCACAACAACAUGAUCGCGCUCAAGCCGGUUCUCCAGGCCUGGCUGGAGGAAGCCGAGGCUGCCUACCGGGAGAAAAGCAGCAAGCCGGACCUUUUCAACGGGAAUGAGAGGAAAAGAAAGCGCACGUCCAUCGCCGCGCCGGAGAAGCGCUCUUUGGAAGCGUACUUUGCCAUUCAGCCCCGACCCUCCUCGGAAAAAAUUGCGGCGAUCGCCGAAAAACUGGACCUGAAAAAGAACGUGGUUCGAGUGUGGUUUUGCAACCAGCGGCAAAAACAGAAACGAAUGAAAUACUCUGCGGUGCACUGAGUUUCACAGAUCAUGAAUAAAAUAGCCUACUACAUUUUUGAUCGAGUGAUUAAUAAUAGCCUAAGUAACCUAACUAACAGGGAUUUUGCAACGUGUCUCAUUUUGGAUUGUUCCCAGAAAGACUUUUACUUCAUCCCCCCUCCCCAUUUCGUGUCACGCACUCUUCAUUGUUGCACUUUUUCGAUUUUGUUAUUAAUACGGGACUGAUAAAUGUGUUAUAGAUCUGUAAGGAGGAUGACUUUGAUGUUGUUUGUCUUGUAUCUUGCACACUCUAAAUGUGGAUUUUUAGGAAAUUCACCCUGACAAUUUGUCACAUUCAGGGAUUAUUAACUCACUUUUUAUAAACCAUUACUUGGAGUUCAUGGAGGCUGAAUUUAUGGGCUGUUUAAAUGUUAAACUGAUGUUAUCUGAAGAGACAGACAGAGUCUUCAGGAAUUCGAGAAGAAAAGAAAAAAUAAGAUUUUGUAAGAUAAUUGGUUGAGACCUGAGUUUGUCCUCCACAUCACUGGCUCAUAUAUACUGAACUAUAUGUCGUUUUCACCGCUUUCUUUUUCACCUCUUUUCUUUUUGAAAACUUCAAUGGAAUGCGUCCUCAAACUUAAAGUGUUCACCUUUUUAAAUCACUAUUUUUCUUGUUAUUUUUCUUUUUUGCGAACUAAUCAGCUCUCUUCGUGAACUGUGUGAAGGUAAUUUACGCACAAGCAACGACUCUUUCACAAGGUAUAUGACACUGUGAGUCUGGCUAUCUUUAAUUAUUUAGAAAUGAAAAUGACACCGUCUUAUAUAUAUAUAUGAGGCACAGACGUGUGGCUUUGGCUGCUGCUAUAUUUUAAUAUUUUGAUGUGAACGUGUUUUGGACCAUUACAGGUGAGCUGUAUAUUUAUCAUAUUGGUGAGAUAUAUUCAGUAUACAGGCCUCCAUCACCUGAUCUAAGUAUUUAUUUUUCCUCACUCUUGAUUUCACUUGGAAAAAACAUGUGUGAAUUUUAAACUUAAUAAAUUAUCGGUUAUUUUUUAAAAUCCCACUGGGGCGACUUUAUUUCUGUGACUUAUGAAACUGCAUUCAUUUUAAUCUUGAAGUUACACCGCAAGAGCCGUUACCGUGACGAACAAAUCGCAGGCCGAAAUCCUCACCAAUGGGCCAUAACUUCAUUGUAAACAGUUUGUUUUUAUGGGACCUCGCCAGACUGUUUUAUUUAUAAAUCCCCAGACCUCUGCUGGAAUUAAAUAUGUAUCGUCGUAUAUGAUAGCCGACAAGGACCAAAGAAAGAGACGGGCCUCCGUUUCUACAGCGAUUUUCACACCGCAGAGCGCUGACUGUGUGUGCCCUCUACACGCUACUUAUCGCCCCUUUCUCUAAUUAGCACGGUUUUAAUUAUGGAUGCCCUCAUGUCACCGUGCAUGGGCUUUGAAAUUAUUAAGUAAUGACGAUGCAAUAUUAAUUAUAUAUUGGUAUAAAACGAAGUAAUGUGGAAGAGUUGGAAGUAGAAGCCUGACUGGGAACUCUGGGAACUCUAGGGAGACACUGGCUGCACCACAGUUUAACGCAGGAAAGAUGGGAAUGGUUUUUAUGAAUUUUUU